AUGGUCUACGUCACCUCCUGUCGUCACGUCUUGCUAUUGCUAUUUCCGUGUUGCUGUGCUAAUCAUAUCGAUCGAUGAGGAAAGGUGUAAUCUAUUCCAGUUACUGGAACAACGUACGUGCUGAACAUUGCCACCGAGCUGGCGAGGUGAGACGACAUACAACUCACAUACAUUGACUCGACGACAUCAGUGAAGAGCAUCUUCCUCCUGAGCAGCAGGAGUGGACCUCCAACAUGAAGCAGGAGGAGCUACAGCCCCCUCAGAUUAAAGAGGAAGAAGAGGAGCCACAGAACCCCUACUUUGAAGAGGUGGAGCUACAGUCCCCCCAUAUUAAAGAAGAAGAGGAUGAACCACGGCCCCCCCAUACCAAAAAUGAAGAGGAGGAACACAGCAUCAGUCAGGAGGGAGAGCAUAUUGAAAGGUUGCGGGAGUUCUGGGUGAUUGGUGACAUUGUGAAGAGUGAGGGUGAUGAGAUCAAAGUUGAAAGUGAGAAGAGAGAGGUGGAGCCUUCAAGCAGCAGCUCAACUCAACACAUAAUGGAAGCUCAUGGAGACCACUGUGGUGGAUCACAAGCAGAUCACCUCUUAAUUCCACUAUCAGAGAGUGAGGACACAACAUCACACUCUUCUGACACCGAUGAUGAAGACUAUCAAGCUGGUAUGACACGUGACACUGACAACACACAUUUUAAAUGCUCUCAUUGUGACAAAACUUUUAAAUACCAUAGCCUACUGAAAACACACAUGAGAAUACACACUGGAGAGAAACCAUACAUGUGCUCAGUUUGUGGUAAAAGUUUUCCCCGGAAGGCAACUUUGACCAAACACAUGAAAAAACACACCGGAGAGAAACCUUUUUCAUGUUCAAGCUGCAAUGAAAGCUUUUGUGACAGAACAAAUCUUGGAAGGCACAUGAGAAUACACACUGGUGAAAAACCAUUCAUAUGCACUGUGUGUGGUAAAGGUUUCACUCUGAAAGGAAAUCUGAAAACACACACCAAAAUACACACCGGAGAUAAACUCUUUACCUGUUCAGUUUGUGGUAAAAGUUUCACUCAGAGUGGAACUUUGACAAAACACAUGAAAGUACACACCGGAGACAAACCGUUUUCAUGUUCAAGCUGCAAUGAAAGCUUUUGUGACAGAACAAAUCUUGGAAGGCACAUGAGAAUACACACUGGUGAAAGACCAUUCAUAUGCAUUGUGUGUGGUAAAGGUUUCACUCAUCAAGGAAAUUUGACACAACACACAAGAAUCCACACUGGAGAGAAACUGUUUACCUGUUCAGUGUGUGGUAUAGGUUUUGUACAACAAUCCCAUCUGAAAAAACACAUGACAAUACACACUGGAGAAAAACCAUUCAUAUGCUCAGUUUGUGGUAGAAGUUUUGCUCAGAAAGGAUCUUUAACAAAACACAUGAGAAUACACACUGGUGAGAAACCUUUUUCAUGUUCCAGCUGCAACAAAAGCUUUUCGGACAGAUCAAGUUUUGUAAGACACACAAUAAUACACACUGGCGAGAAACCCUUCAUGUGCUCAGUUUGUGGUAAACGAUUCUAUUACAAAGGAAAUUUGACAACACAUUUUAAAAUACACACUAUAGAGAAACGGUGUGUAAAACCUUUUUCAUGUUCAAGCUGUAACAAAGGCUUCAAUAAACGAAGAAAUCUUGUAAAACACGAGAGAAUACACACUGGUGAGAAACGUAUUUUCUGUUCAAGCUGCCAAAAAAGCUUUUGUGACAGAAAAAGCCUUGCGACUCACAUGAGAACGCACUCUGGUGACAGACCAUUUGUUUGCUCAAUUUGUGGUAAAAGUUUCACUCAGAAAGGAAAUUUGAAAACACACACUAAAAUACACACUAAAGAGAAAAUGCUUACAUGUUCUCUGUGUGGUGAAGGUUUUGAACAAAAAGUAGAAUUUAAAAAACACAUGAGAACACACAGUGACAGAACGUGUUGAGUUGCAGUGUGUGUUAAAGAGUUAAAGAUUCUCUGAUACGUGCCAGGGUAAAAGUCAGUAGUAUGCUGAUGUAUAUUCCAGAAAGCAGGUUAAGUAAAACCUCUGAGAUUAGGGAAAUUUUCGGUUUUUUAUUAGAAAAAAGAGAGGUUAGUCAAUGUCAGUUUUCAUGGUAACAAACUCUACCUAACCUGUUCACUGGCAGGUUUUCUUGAACAAACCCUGUUUUUUAUGGUUCCUCCCUCCUGAUGAACAUCAAGCAAACAGUCAGAAAUAGUUCAAACCAAAAUAAUUGCUGACAGUUUAUAUAGGUAGAGGAUUUUCAGGCCAUGGCUAGUUAUAUAUACUAUUGUUGUUUACAAAUAUUUGAUUAGCCAAUUAAAAUAAAAUACUGGAUUUUAGGUACUUAAAAAAAUAUUGGAUUUGUUUGAAUUGGAAAAAAAAAAAACAUUUAAUGAAGGGAAGUCUAAUAAUUUGAUGUUUUCAUUAUUAUUUAAAAAAUAACUAAAGCCUUUACGAUAUCCUGCUGAGAGCCAUAGCAUCCUCCAAACUAAUGCAAUAAUGUCCACUGUUUAGGACGCAGCUUCUCAGUGUAAUUGAUGCCAGCCUGUGUGGCUGGGCCAUGUGUACGUUUGUAAACCUCACUCCCUGACGACAUCAAGAGCAGUGCUGGCUAUCGGGUUGAUAGCAUGGGCUGUUAGCUCGGUAGCUAGUAUGCUCGUCUCUCAUAACCAGGUUUGAGUCCCGGGUGGAACAGAAAAAGCAGGAACUGAACCAGGCCCGUUACAGUUCGUACCAUGAUCCGGAUGAGCGUGAGGUUUAGGGGGAAAGUGUAACAGAGGCCUGCCAUAUGUAUGAUGGGCCAUAUGUAUGAUCGUUAACCUCACUCCCUGACGAUCUCAAGACCAGGGCUAGCUAUAGGUUUGAUAGCUUAAGCUUUUAGCUUGGUAGCUAACACGCUCGUCUCUCAUGUCGGCAACCCAGGUUUGAGUACCGGGCGGAACAAAAAAAGCAGGGAUUGAACCAGGAGACUAUUACUUCAAUUAAACAAAUUGAACUGGCAAGAAAUUAAACUUGAUAAUGAUGAAAAAACGAUAUAUUUUAACCACAAUAUUUAAUGUGUCUUAUAAUUGCAUUCUGAUAGUAUACUUGUUGGGUAUUUCGUUAUUGUAAAUAUAACUACAAUAUGAGCUAGGUCACUUACCAUAAAAAAAACCUGGAAAAAGUAUAUUUUAUAUUGUAGUACAAAAUAUUUAUUGGUCUAACAGGUUGGUUAAAAAAGUAAUAAACAGUCAAUGAUAUUUACUUUACAUUUUCCUUGACUUUACACAUCAAAUAUAAUUUAAAUAAAUCAGAGAUAAUUGUUUUCAGCUUCUUUCAUGUGCGUUAUGGGUGGAGUUACACCUAAAUUAAAAUGUUUUAUUUCAUGUCAUUUCUCCAAUUUUUUUUUCCUGUUGGCCAAUAAGAACAUAUUAUUUAACAUUUAAAAAAUAAACAAGGCAUUCAAACGUAUGCAUUUGCUCUGGCAGUAUUAAUUUCUCACUUCAGUCCAAUAAUAUUUUACUGUAUUAUUUGACUUACUCACCAUAAACACACAAUAACACAAGCUCACUUUCAGCUGGGUAAACAAAGACAAACUUUUAUAUCCACAGUUGCUUUGAAUAAUCAUAGAAUCAUCGCUGCGUUAAUCAUGACUUUUAAUGGUGAACUUAAAGGGAAACAAGACUUUAAAAAAAAAAAGGGCCUAUUUUUCACAAUUCUUAUAAGAGACAAGAACACAUAUGUAUUUUUAAUUCUUUUGCAUUCUAAUUUAUAAUAUAAAUUGACUCGUUCUAGGUGGCUAGCAAUGUUACUAAUGGUAGCAAUUAAUUCUGCCUCUAAAUCUGUCUAAAAAUUAAUCCAAAAACUGCCAACAAUACUUCAUUUACGUUCCGGAACCUGCAUAAUGACCAAGCUGUAACGACAUUGUUAUUGUAAGAGCAAACACUUGGGUGACUCUCAUUAGCUGCACAAUGUUUCAUGUAUUUGCUUUUGUCAUUCCAUUGCUUAAUUGCACAUACAAAUACACUAAAUGUUGUUUGUACAUACAAAAAAUAGAAAUUCUGUUCUGUUGUUGUUGUUGUAUGUGUUCUUCUUUUCUUUUCUCCUUGUGACUUGUCUUAAAGAGCAGUUUUUGUUAUAAAGUGUCAUGUAAAUACUCAAAAAAUAUUCAUAAACUUUUUCACUAUCUACAUGUUCCUUGGUUUGUUCUUUGAAAUUAUAACUUAAGAUAUGAAAUGUAUUUAUUUAUUUAGAGUUUUCAUUGUAUAUAAUAGAGAUCAGUCAUA